AGGGAGUUACAGGGGUGAGGAUAAAGGCUGUGGUGCCAGCCGUCCUGGACACUGAGGGACAGCAGUGACCAUGAGUGACUUCAAGCAAGUGCGGGUGCAGCAGCUGGACCCCCUGGAGGAGGAGCUGGCGGCCAGCAGCGCCAGAGGCUCCCUCAGCCACCACGCACUCCAGCCGCCCUCCAGAGCAGGCAGCUCUGCAGGGUGCCUGAGCUCCAGCUAUGCCCUCCUGGGGCUGCAGCUGCUCUCCCUCAUGGUCUUGGCUGGGCUCCUGGUGGCCGUCCUUGCCCAAGUCUCCAGGGUCCCCAGCUCCCAGGGACAGAAGGUGUGCCAGGAGCUGACCCAGCUGAAGGCAGGAGUCGACCGCCUGUGCCGCCCCUGCCCCUGGGACUGGACGUUCUUCCAAGGACACUGUUACUUCUUCUCCAAGUCCCAGCGGAACUGGCACGACUCCGCCACCGCCUGCCAGGAAGAGGGGGCCCAACUAGUCGUCAUCAACAGCGCUGAGGAGCAGGUGCAUGGUGGGCCCCAUCCUGGUCUGGGGCAGGCAUCUGGCCACUGGCCACGUGGGAGGAGACGUUGGUCAGAACAGGGUUUUCAGGAGCAGGGGCUGCUUCCUCCAGUGGAAGGGAGGAGACGGGCAUGGACAGGGGGUCCCAGGCAGCUUGCAGGGAAAAUCUCAGAAAGUCUGGACAUGCAUAAGUGCUUUGGGAGACACACCUAGAGGGUGACCUGGUGCGCUGGCCAGGGGAGCCGCCUGCUCUCAGCGAUAACUCGGGGGCGCCGUGCCCAUCUCCCUGGUGUAAACCUGCCCCC